AUGGCACCGGAUCCUCUUUCGAAUAUGGAAUCUAGCGGGCGCGAAAAGCUCAUAGGACAGAAUAUAUACUUCCACAAAAACCUCCCCAUCCAAUACCUCUGUCUCGCCGGCAUCGUCGUCUCCCGCGACGAGAAAGUCCGUCGGACCAUCCUCGUCCUCGACGACAGCACAGGCCACACCAUCGAAGUCGUCUGCUCCAAAUACACACCGCCGCCCGACCAACCCCUGCCGCCAUCAAGAAAUGGCAAUGGCCCAGACCCGUCAAUCACGCACCUUACCUCGGCCACCCGCGUGCCCCUCGACAUCUCCCCGCUCCGCCCCGGCGUCGUGGCCAAGUUAAAAGGCACCAUAACCCGCUUCCACGGCACGCUCCAGCUGCAUCUCGAGCGCUACGUGCUCCUCCACGACACCAACGCCGAAGUGCAGUUUUGGCAGGAGAGGACGAGGUAUUUUGUGCAGGUUCUGUCGGUGCCGUGGGUCUUGUCGGCGGAGGAGGUGGAGCGGUUGCGUAGGGAGGAUGUGCGCGAGGAGGAGGAGAAGAGGCGGAAGAAGCAGGAGAGGGAGAUGAGUAGGCAUAGAAGGGAGAGGAAGGUGGUGGAGAGGGAGGAGAGGGAUCGGAUGAGGAUUGAGAGGAGGUAUGAGAGGGAAGAGGUGUUGAGGCGCAAGUAUGCGGAGAGAUGUCGAGAGGAGAAUCGCGUGUUUAAGGAGGAAAGGGGGAGGAGAUGA